CGCAAUAUAGUUGCAGCGGUCAAUAAUAUCAGUUAAUUGUGUUUAAAAUGUGGCUGUUACGGUUUCUGGCAGCUCAACUCUUUCUAGCUUUCAUUGUAGCAGGUUUGCCCUCCAAUGCCGGCCGCAGUAGUUCAACAACAACGGUGACUAUUGUAAAAAAAUAUGGUUAUCCAAUUGAGGAACAUCAAGUGCAAACCUCUGAUGGAUAUCUUCUAACAAUGCAUCGCAUACCAUACUCCAAGAACACUGGCGACGAUGGCCAUCGUCCGGUAAUGUUCCUAAUGCACGGUUUGCUUUGCUCCUCAUCUGACUGGGUUCUAAGUGGCCCAAGUAAUGGCUUGGCUUUCAUUCUAUCCGAUGCCGGCUACGAUGUCUGGAUGGGCAACGCUCGCGGAAAUACCUAUUCAAGGAAACAUGCCGAUAAGUCUCCUCUGUUCCAGCCUUUCUGGAACUUUGAAUGGCAUGACAUAGGCAUCUAUGACCUGCCAGCUAUGAUGGAUUACGUCUUAUAUAAUACGGGCGAGGAUCAAUUGCAGUAUGUCGGACAUUCGCAGGGCACAACUUCGUUCUUUGUGUUGAAUUCAAUGAUCAAGAGAUUCAGGAGUCGCAUUCGCUCGGCACAUUUGUUGGCACCAGUUGCCUGGAUGGGUCACAUGGAAAGCCCAUUGGCCAAGGUGGCAGGACCACUGCUAGGCCAGCCCAAUGCUUUUGUCGAGCUGUUCGGUAGCGCAGAGUUCAUGCCCAACACCAAGGCUAUGGAGUUGAUGGGCUCUCUGCUAUGCAGCGAUGGCGCAAUAUCCCAAGUGAUGUGCUCCAAUGUGCUUUUCCUGAUGGGAGGCUGGGACUCACCGUAUUUGAAUGAGUCAAUGAUCCCCGACAUUAUGGCCACAACACCGGCUGGCUGCUCAAUCAAUCAAAUAUUCCACUAUCUGCAGGAAUACAAUUCAGGUUAUUUCCGUCAGUUCGACUAUGGCAAGACUAGGAACAAGAAAGAUUAUGGCAGCAAGACUCCGCCAGACUACGAUGUCGAGGGCAUUGAUGUACCCAUCUAUCUGUACUACAGUGAUAAUGACUAUUUCGCCAGUCUUAUAGAUGUGGAUAAGCUACGGAUGACACUGGACGAAAGGUCUCUAAAACGAGCGUAUCGAUUGCCCGAGAAAAAGUGGAAUCAUUUGGACUUCCUUUGGGGCUUGAAUAUUAAGGAAAUACUUUACGACACACUACUUGAUGAUAUUCAAAAUGCUUAAUACGCAAUAAUAAAGACACGAUUUAGCGAAAUGCCAAUGGGUCAAAAAUGAAAUGAAAA